CCGCGCUCUCAGUCUCACUCCCCCCCGCACCCACACUCGCGGCUACGUACGAACGUACGUACACAGUAGUAGUAGCAGUAGUGCGUACACGAUGCUGCUCCUCAAGGCCGUGUACCGCGUGGUGGUGAACAACUUCCUCGCCCUCGCCGCGGCGGCCGUCGCGGCCGUGCUGCUCCGGCGCCCCGACGAGCUCGCCGCGCGGCUGCGCGCGGUGUCGUCCCCGCUGCACGCCGCCACGGCGGCGGUGCUCGCGGCGGGCGUGGCGAGGCUGGUGCGCGCGCGGCGGGCGCGGGGCGUGUACCUGGUGGAGUACGGGUGCUUCCGCCCCAGGCCGUGCUACCGGGCCCCGUUCGCGACGUGCCUGGAGCACGCCCACCUGAUGCCGUACCUGGUGGACGAGGAGAGCGUCGCGUUCGCCAUCCGGCUGCUGGAGCGGUCGGGGCUCGGCGACGAGACGUGCGUCCCCGACGCGUACCACUACAUGCCGCCCGACCGGAGCCUCAGGGCGUCGCGCGACGAGUCGGAGCUGGUCAUCUUCUCCGCCGUCGACGACGUGUUCGCCAGGUCGGCCCUGACGCCCGCCGACAUCGACGUGCUCAUCGUCAACUGCAGCAUCUUCACCCCGACGCCCGUGUUCGCCGACAUGGUCGUCAACAGGUACAAGCUCCGCGCCGAGGUGCAGAACGUGAACCUGUCCGGGAUGGGGUGCAGCGCGGGGCUCGUGUCCGUCGGCCUCGCCAAGAACCUCCUGCAGGUGUCGCCCCCGGGCACCAACGUGCUCAUCGUCUCCACAGAGAUCCUGUCGUCGCAGUACUACGUCGGCACGGAGCGCGCCAUGCUGCUGCCCAACUGCCUCUUCCGCAUGGGCGCCGCCGCCAUGAUCCUCUCCAACUCGCCCGACCACGCGCGGUUCCGCCUCGGCCGCGUGGUGCGCACCGUCACCGCGGCGCGGGACAGCGACUACCGGUGCGUGUUCCAGGAGGAGGACGAGCAGGGCAACACGGGGAUCCGCCUCUCCAAGGACCUCGCCACCACCGCCGGCCACGCGCUCAAGAGCAACAUCGCCGCGUUCGGCCCGCUCGUCCUUCCGGCGUCCGAGCAGCUGCUGGUAGCCAUCUCCUUCCUCAAGCGGAAGCUCAAGCAGUUGAGCGGCCACGCGGGCAAGGUGAGGCUGUACCGGCCCGACUUCCGCACGGCGUUCGAGCACUUCUGCAUCCACGCGGGGGGCCGCGGGGUGAUCGACGAGGUGCAGCACGGGCUCGGUCUCUCCGACGACGACGUGGAGGCGUCGCGGAUGACGCUGCACCGGUUCGGGAACACGAGCUCCAGCUCGGUGCUGUACGAGCUGGCGUACCUGGAGGCCAAGGGGAGGAUGAAGAGAGGGGAUCGGGUGUGGAUGAUCUCCUUCGGCGCCGGCUUCGACUGCAACAGCGUGGCGUGGGAGUGCGUCAAGCCGGCGCCCGACGCCGACGGGCCCUGGGUCGACUGCAUCCACCGCUACCCCGUCCAGCUCCCCGAAAUCGCCUAAGACGUCUAAAAAUGAUCGAUAAACGACGUACAACGACCCUACAUACUAUCUCGCAGCGAUCAUUAAUUAAAUUGGGAUUUAAUUGCAUGCAUGCACGUAAUUAAGCGCGUACAUAUAUAUGCACGUAUAUAUGUAUAUGUACCUUAAUUCGGCGAAGUAUAUGUGGCAUACAUAUAUACUCGGUAUUUUGUUACUACAUGGGAUAUAUUGUGAUUCGCAUAGGGGACAUACAGUACACUUUCUUCUUCAAAGAUAUAGUAGAACGAAUAAUUGAGAACUUUGAUACCGCAGUUAAGCUAGUAUACAGACCUUGAUUAGUGGUUUGAAUUAUAUUGAUAAGUGUUGUUAGAGGUUGGGAACAAUGUUUGAUUGUUGUAUUGUGCCCUCAGAUGGGCAAAAGUAUUAAAUUAAAGUCGUUGCAAAAUGCAAAUAAUGUUUGGGUUCCUGUCAAAACUGGAUGGCAACAAAUAAAGUAUUUCAACGACUGAAA